GAGCAGAGCAGUGAGACGGCCAACGUCAUUGUGCCUCACUCGGACUCUCGGUCUUCACCGACAGCUCCAGUGGACUCUGAUCAAACUGUGCGACACCAUGAGCGUUUCCCAAGAGACCUGCCUCCUGGACCAGGUGCUGGAGCUGAUCAUGAGCGAGAAGCCCCCCACCAGUGCAACUCUCUUCCUGAACGAGGACGCGGACAGACCCCCCGUUGCGGAGAGCGCAGACUUGAGGAGACGCCUACGCGGGGCCAUGGAGAGGAGAGCGAGCAGCCUGAAGGAGAGGAUGAGCUCCGUCAGUCGGGAAAACGUCAGAGGUUUCCUCCGGAGGAACCUCUUUGUUCUUUUCACGGUGGCCGCCGUGGCCCUGGGUGUAAUCCUGGGCUUCGCCCUGCGCCCCCACAACCUGUCCCUGAGGGAGAUCAAGUACUUUGCCUUCCCGGGGGAGCUUCUGAUGAGAAUGCUGCAGAUGCUGGUGCUGCCUCUCAUCGUCUCCAGUCUGGUCACAGGUAUUUCCUCCUUGGACAGCAAGGCGUCAGGUAAGAUGGGUGUGCGCGCGGUGGUCUACUACAUGGUGACCACCCUGAUCGCGGUCUUCAUCGGCAUCGUUAUCGUGAUAAUCAUCCAACCGGGGAAAGGCAGCAGGGACAGUCCUGUGGUCAACAGUGGGAACAUAGAGCCGGUUCAAGCUGCUGAUGCUUUCCUGGAUCUCAUCAGGAACAUGUUUCCUCCGAAUCUGGUGGAGGCUUGUUUCAAGCAGUAUAAAACAGUGUACAAGAAGACUGUCCGCAUAAGGAACGUGACGGUGACGCUGAACCUCACGGACUCUCUGAACAUGACAGAGUCCGACCUGAGCGUGAACCUCAGCAGGGUGCUGCACACCAUACAGGAGACAGUGGAGGAGACUGUCCCCGCGUCCGGGUCCUCUAAUGGCGUGAACGCUCUCGGUCUGGUGGUCUUCUCCAUGUGCUUCGGUCUGGUUGUAGGCAGCAUGAAGCAGCAGGGCCAGGCCCUCAGGGACUUCUUUGACUGCCUCAAUGAAGCCAUCAUGAGGCUGGUGUCCAUCAUCAUCUGGUAUGCUCCAGUUGGUAUCCUGUUCCUGAUUGCGGGGAAGAUUGUGGAGAUGAAGAACCUGGCGGAGGUGGGCGGUCAGCUGGGAAUGUACACCGUGUCGGUCAUCGUGGGUCUCCUAAUCCACGGCCUGUUCGUCCUGCCACUGCUCUACUUCCUGGUGACCAGGAAGAAUCCCUUCAGCUUCAUCGCCGGUCUCCUGCAGGCGCUCAUCACUGCUCUGGGAACCUCAUCUAGCUCUGCCACGCUGCCCAUCACUUUCCGCUGCCUGGAGGAGAACAACCGCGUGGAUAAACGGGUGACGCGUUUCAUCCUCCCCGUGGGCGCCACCAUCAACAUGGACGGCACCGCCCUCUACGAGGCGGUGGCGGCCAUCUUUAUUGCCCAAGUCAAUGACAUGGACCUAAACUUUGGUCAAAUUCUGACCAUCAGUAUCACAGCAACUGCUGCCAGCAUCGGAGCAGCAGGCAUCCCUCAAGCUGGCCUGGUUACCAUGGUGAUCGUAUUGACAUCGGUAGGACUGCCCACGGAGGACAUAACGCUGAUCAUCGCCGUGGAUUGGUUCCUGGACCGCUUACGGACGACCACCAACGUGCUGGGUGACUCCCUCGGUGCGGGAAUAGUGGAGCACCUUUCCCGCGCAGAGCUGAAGAGUCAGGAUGCCGAGGUGCGCAACUCUGUCAUCGAGGAGAAUGAGAAGCCCUACCAGCUCAUCUGUCAGGAGAAUGAUUCACUCAACCACCGCAACGGCGAGACCUCGAUGUGAAGACAAGGACGACACCCUGCAGGGCUUCACGUGCCAAAAGCAUUUAGCUAGCGGGUCGUCUCACAGAGAAAAUAUGAUUUAAUGGUCUAUUCGGCCAGUGCUUGUGGGUUUGGAGAUCGAUGUUGCAGUUGAAUACACCAACUCUUUUCAUUUUUCCUUUAAGAGGCAAAAGAAAAUUCUCUGUUAAACGAGGAAAUACAAAGUCUGACCCCAGAGGUUGCUUCAUGACAGGAAAUCAGUACAGUUCAGUUAAAGCUAGAAAUUAAAAAAGAGGGUUCAGAGUCAUUUAAAAAAGGUUUCCAGCUUCAUUCUUCAUUCAGAGCUUUGUGACUGUACAGUCGAAGCAUCAAAAACUUCUUAUCAUCAGUACUGAUACACAGGACUAUUGAAGACAAAACACCACCACUGGCUCCUAUUAUCU